CCUAAUCUGCCUAAUUACAUUAAAGCUGCUAAAACCUCGUCCAACUCCAGUGUCACUGCCUGUGCUUCUGCGUCUGCACUGCAAGAAGAACUCGACAACAGCAACGACAACAACAGCAACAACAACAGCAACAACAACAACAGCAACAGCAACAACAGCAACAGCAACAGCAACAAAAGGAAGAGAUGUUUCCCAAACCUAGGGCUCCUCAGCGAGAAGAAAUGUCGACCAUCCAGGUUAAAAAUACCGCGCUGCAUUUGAACGGUCAAAAUGUGCGACUGGCAGCUAAAAAUGACCGUGUUCCAAAAACACCUGGCCUCUGUCUGUCAGUGAAACAUGGAAAAGAGGCCGUGGGUCAGCUUACGGCCUCGCCCCCGACCCAGGAGGCCACGGCACAGUUGCACUUGUCAUUGCUCAAGUCGCCAAGGCCAGAUGUAGCAAGAGAGGCUGAGAAUCAGCACGUGAGAGGACGCCCUGUGAAGCUCGACCCUCUGGAGCUGCCCGAGGAGGUGAGGGAGGCUCAGAGGCAGAAACUUCAAUGUGUCCAACAAGAAGCUAAAACUGCUUCUCAUAAGAAGGAAGUGACUCCAAAUGAGCCUCGGUCAAGGCCGGUGAAGUCCUGGGUGAGGCAGAGACCUGUGAAGGCUGCUGUGUGCCCUCCUGCCUCCCCUACAAUCCUCAAAGCCCAGCAGCAACACAGAUCCCUGAGGCCCCAGCGGACACGCUCCGGCCCCACAGUGGUGUGUCAAGGUACUCCUGCGCCUCUGUGCAGCAAACCUGCCCCUCCUUCAUCUCCCCUUCUUAAACCUCGAGCCCCUCAUGACGGAGAGGCGAUACGCCCGAACCCCAGCAGCCUCCAGCAGGAGACAGGCAGGAGGCGACCAAGGCUGAGGAGGGCGCAGUGCCUGAAAGAGGAUCACUGCAAUUCAAACAUGUCAACACGGGGAUUAUCUGCAGAUGAUGGCAAGCUGGCCCAAGGUGUCCAAGGCACAGGGCAGCAGACGGAGGGGGCUUUGAGAGGGCACCCGCAUGCUGAUAAAGGCAUCAACGAGCCUCCUGCAGCCUCCUGUGAGUACAGACGUGUGCAGAAGAGUCAUCAGGAGUCAGCUGAAGGUGGAGACCGAGAACAUGCACUUGACAGUGAUCGGCCAAGUGCUUCAAACUGGAGAUUAAAGAGGAAAAAGAAAUUCAUGACAAAGCAAAAUACUGGACUCCCUCUGUAGCUGAAUCUUUCUCUUUUGCAGCUGGUUUUUAGGAUCCUCUGCAGUUAAAUAUAAUAUGUGAACCUUAUUAUGAUAAAUGAUUAUGUCUGAUUACUAACUUACAGCCAAUGGACCCAAAUGUUUUAAGCAUUUUUUUGUGGAAUCAAUUAAGUGUUAAAAAUGUUCCAGCUGCUAAUUAAAUCCCAAAAUG